GUUACGGCAGUGAGCGAAGAAAGACGUGCGCGCUCUGGUCUCCGGGGCGCCAUGUCUCGUGGGUGGAGUUGUUCCCACCUCUCACGGACUUACCUCCCGCUGGUGUUGAUGGUGUUGACGCGGUGCGGUGUUGCGGCGGCCUCCAGCGACGGGAAUGAGACGGUGUUGACGAUAUCCACAUGCAGCCAACCGGACUGCCUACGAUGCGACCUGGAGGAGGCUGAGUGUGUCAAGUGCCUCUAUGUCAUGAUGGCUGCCUCGCGACGCUGUGUGCCAGCCUGCCCGUCCGGCCACUCCACAUCCUGGCCUUCACACGGCAAGCUGAUGGGACGCGUCUGUACAGAGCGCGGCAUGCUGGCCCUCGUGUCUGGGCGUGAUGUGACCAUCAUCGCGGGCGCUGCUGUGGGCGGGGCGGUGUGCGUGGGCGUGGUGAUAGGCACUCUCCUGUACAUGCGGAGGCGCGCUAAACCGCUCCCCUACUACCCACCCGCGCCCGAACCCCGCCAACGCUACCCCCUGCCGAGACUGUGGAAGGACAAGAGACCCAACACAUCAGAGAAGGCCGUGGCUGACGACGAGCGCGCUGAGUUCCUGGAGCAGCUGGCGUGCCUGCGCGGGGAGGCCAACAACUUCCUGGAGAUGCUCAGUCACACGCGGACCAAGUUCAGGUCACUCGGCGGCCCAGACUCACCCGCCGACACCAAGGCCAAGGCGUACAGGGCCGUGGUGCGGGACCUGUCUCGGGUGCUGACGCUCCUGAACCGCCGCGAGGAGCACAUCCUGACGGUGCCCGGGGACUGGAGGCGCCUGCUGUCCUGGGCCGCGCGGGUCCUGGCGAGGUACAAACGACAGAAGACACUCAAGGAAAACGGUGAACUCCCAGCCCUUGACCCCAUCUACGCUGGCGGGGGGACGCUCUACCAGACCAGGAAACAGACGCAGGCCCAGAGGUGCAGGCUGGUACAGGGAGCUCCGCCCCCUACCAUUGCGGGCACCCACACCCCAACGCCCACGCCCUCACUGAAAGACUCUGUGCAGGGCAACCAAGACUCGUCGUGCAGCAACAGCCAGAUGGGGUCAAGGUCAGACUCCAUGGUGAGCCUGACUCCCAUCAUCUUCGAAGAGGCGGAGGACGAGGGAGGCUUCGAGGGCUACGAGGACGAGGACGAGGAGGAAGAGAGAGCGAUGUCGCGAGUUUCGGGGAGUGAAGAAGACCCAACCUUGUGCCUCUCAGCUCGCCAGGAUCGAGAUACUGACGUUGAGAGGCAGAACAAACCCCAAACUGCGUCUCACAGUGUAAAAUUAAACACUGUAGACGCUUGCAGCCCGACAGAAACCAUCCAUAGCCAAAGAAACCAAGACCCCAAACCCGUCUCUUACAUACCCAAAGCAAACCAUUUCAUCCCACACAAGCCAGCGGAGACCAACAACAACAACGACAGAAACAGCAACUACAACCACCACGACUACACAAUGCACCACUACGACCACUUCCCGAGUUACGACAAGCACCACUACGAUCACUACCCGACCUACGACAAGCCUGGGAACACUGCGAACACGACUCCUUGCAGCCUGAGUCACGAAGCCCAGCGCCCGUACCUCUCCAUCAGGGAACAGAUCCUGAACCUGAGGAACAUGGAGAAGAGGGAUGAGGGCAGAAACAUUGACAAGUACGUGACGCCAGAAGGAAGCCCCGUCAGAGAGCACCUACUGACACAACGGGGAUUUAAAGCAGAAAACGAAGCAACAUUGAAACCAAGCCUACGAAAUAUGGAAAACAGAGAACAGGGAAGAAACACUGGCACGUACUUAACACCACAGCACCCACAACGAUCAUUUGGGGUAGAAAACGAAGCCACAUCAAAUACAAGCUUGCGAAAUAUGGAGCAGAGAGGACAGGGAAGGCACAUAGACACACGCAAAGUCCCACCAGUAUCACAACGAUCAUUUGGGGUGGAGAAUGAAGCCACAUCAGACCCGAGCCUUUCAGUGGAGUCCCCAAGGCCAUUCCUGGGACCCACUGUUUUUGAGCGUAGUGCCGUCAACGCCGCCCUGCCUGGUGACGAUGUGUACACCAAUGUCAUACGCAAGCCAGUGGUCGUGUCUCCAGCGAUGUUUGUCGGCGACCCUUACAGAGACGACACCAUUGAAAGGAAGGAGAACGCUAGGAGAGGAGAAAGGGAAGGAGGAGGAGGAGAUAGAAAGGAAAGAAGAGGUGCAGAAGGAGGUGUAGGCGGAGGAAGGGAAGAUGAAGGUGCUAUAAACGUAGAAAGAGGAGGAGGAGGAAGACAUAUCAGCAGAAAGCCUCCCAGAAGCUGCAAGGUUGAGGCGAGGCACCAGAUGUCCGUUCCAAGGUGUGAGUUGACCACCGAUCUCUGAAACGUAUUAAGCCUGUCUAUCAUUCCUGCCCUCAAACACUAUACGCCUCCGUGGUGCAGCGGUUAGCGUGACUACCUACGAAUCUGCGGCCCUGGGUUCGAGUCACGCCCCAGCUGUUCAUCCUUCCUUACACACACACACACACACACACACACACGAAUCAGAAUAUCCAUGAAAGGAAUUAAAUCUCUCUCUCUCUCUCUCUCUCUCUCUCUCUCUCUCUCUCUCUCUCUUAUUCAUGUUAUAUAACCAUUUCUACCUUAACUCUGCUCAAGUCACCUCAACCUCAAUAAUGCUAAUAAUAAUAAUAACAAUAAUAAUAACAACACUAACUUAGCCUAGUCAUCCUUGGAAAUCAUAACUUGUAAGGAACCAAAGAGAUUUUUUUAUAUAUAUAUAUUUUGUAUUAUAUGCAAUUCACUUCAUAUAUGUAUUUUUAUUUUUUCUGUACCCUUUUUUUCGUCACAAAGUUCUGUAAAAUAUAUAUAGGUAUGGUAUGUUAGAUUAUCCGUUCACAACUGUUGGUAGUAGUAGUAGUAGUAGUAGUUGUCUUAGUAGUAGCGGUAGUAGUAGUAGUAGUAGUAGUAGUAGUAGUAGUAGUAGUAGUAGUAGUUGUAGUAGUAGUAGAAAGGAAGAUAAGGAGGGAAAAAGACAGGAGAAUCUAUACUAAACGGACCUUCUUCCCAUGUUUCGGCUUCCUGGCCCAACACUCGUAUUCUCAAAACCACUCGGGCUCUAUUUACCACUCAGAAGGCCAGGCUAUCGUGAGUACUUUUUCCCGUUCAAGGCGCAGAAGCUUUCCCUAAUCUACCGCCGGGCUCAUGAAACCACCCAUGGAAAGCCUUAAUAUUCCCACGAAAUCGUUUUAAACAGAAGCACUAGGGAGUCGGGCUGUUGGGACCAUGUGACAGAACAGCGAGGAAGGAAGGACCCGCGAAAACCAAUGUCAAAGCGAUCUCGCCGGUCUUGUUUCACUAAAGUAUAAAUAGACAUGCAAAAUCCCUUCACGGAGAGUAUAUUCAUCACCCCACGACACGUUAGCGAUAUAAGCCAGGAGAAAAAGUAAAAAUCAGGGUGGAAUGUUGAGGAGGAGGAGGAGGAGGAGGAGACAGAGAGGAAAGAAGAGUUGGAGGAGCUGCAGAAAGAGGAGGAGGAGGAGGAGGAAGAGGAGGAGACAGAGAGGAAAGAAGAGUUGGAGGAGCUGCAGAAAGAGGAGGAGGAGGAAGAGGAGGAGACAGAGAGGAAAAAAGAGUUGGAGGAGCUGUAGAAAGAGGAGGAGGAGGAGGAGGAAGAGGAGACAGAGAGGAAAGAAGAGUUGGAGGAGCUGUAGAAAGAGGAGGAGGAGGAGGAGGAGGAGACAGAGAGGAAAGAAGAGUUGGAGGAGCUGUAGAAAGAGGAGGAGGAGGAGGAGGAAGAGGAGGAGACAGAGAGGAAAAAAGAGUUGGAGGAGGAGGAAGAGGCAGAGAGGAAAGAAGAGUUGGAGGAGCUGCAGAAAGAGGAGGAGGAGGAGGAAGAGGAGGAGACAGAGAGGAAAAAAGAGUUGGAGGAGGAGGAGGAGGCAGAGAGGAAAGAAGAGGCGGAGGAGCUGCAGGAGGUUUAGAAGGUGUCCAAAAACGUCCUCACCAAGUCCCUGCUAAAGCCUUGACCUGUAUUCUAGGACAUUUCAGGCUUUCACACCCGCAUUUUGUAAGGCUUUCAUUGAGGUUGUGUUAGUAUUUCCGUGGGUAGAUUUAUGAGCCUAAGGAUACUUUUGGCAUUUCGGAUCUUACACAUUUGGUAAGGCUUUCGUAGAGGUUGUAUAUUAGUAUUUCCAUGGGUAGUUUUAUGAGCCUAGUGAUACUUUGACAAGACGUCUGUACCAUGAACGUGAAACACCACUCCUGAGAACCCGAUUAAUCUCCUUUGUGGCCUCCGGAAAUACUUAUUGCAUAGAACUCCAACGAAAGCCUUGUCAGCUGUGUGUGUUUGGCCCGCAGCAUUACCAGAUUGUCGUACUCAGCCUCUUAUGUUUGCCGAUUUCCGACCCAAAAACUGCCUCCUCGACCCCAAUAACUGCCUUUAUAUAUAGUUAUCGUUAAAAUGGUUAAUUAUUGGUGUUUUAGGGCAAUAGCUAUGGCUCAGACACCAGUAAACACGAGGCUCUGAAUACGAUAAUCUGGCAACGGUGCUUAGGCUCCGAAAUAUUAAAGAAUGUGGGCUGUUUAAUGACUAUUGUAUUGGCACUCACCACAUGACUGCCCAGCCUGUUCCACUCAUCCACCACUCUGUUAGUAAACUCUCCGCUUUACUAACAGAGUGUUGGAAGAGUGGAACAGGCUGGGCAUUCAUGUUGUGAGUACCAAUACAACAGUCACAUUAAAAGAUAGAUUAGAUAAAUUCAUGGACAGUCACGUUAGGUGGGGUUAGAUUCACAAGAGCGUUCACAGGAGCUGGCGUGUACAAGCUUACCGGCCUCUUGCAGACUCCUUAUGUUCUUCCCAUGUUUUUAUGAUAGUGAUAGCCUUCUAAUGAGUGUUUUUUUACGUUCAUGGUACAGAAGAAGGGUCAAACUAUUAGACGGGUCAUAAAACUAUUGCUGGAAAUGUGCAGAACUCCUACGAAAGCCUUGUCAGAUGUGUGUAUGGUUAAGCUCUAAAAUGUUAAAGACUAUGGCUUGUUUUAUGAGCCAAGAAAUAGCGUUCUAAUGAGUGUUUCUUUAGGCUCAUGAUACAGAGGAAGGGUCAAACUACCACCAGGGUCAUGAAACUAUCCCUGGAAAAGCCCACAACUCCUACGAAGGCCUUGUCAAAUAUGUGUUUCUAGGUUCAUGGUACAGAGGAAGGGUCAAACUAACACCAGGGUCAUGAAACUACCCCUGGAAAAGCCCACAACUCUUACGAAGGCCUUGUCAAAUAUGUGUUUCUAGGUUCAUGGUACAGAGGAAGGGUCAAACUACCACCAGGGUCAUAAAACUAACCCUGGAAAAGCCCACAACUCCUACGAAAGCCUUGUCAAAUAUGUGUUUCUAGGUUCAUGGUACAGAGGAAGGGUCAGACUACCACCAGGGUCAUAAAACUAACCCUGGAAAAGCCCACAACUCCUACGAAAGCCUUGUCAAAUAUGUGUUUCUAGGUUCAUGGUACAGAGGAAGGGUCAGACUACCACCAGGGUCAUAAAACUACCCCUGGAAAAGCCCACAACUCCUACGAAAGCCUUGUCAAAUAUGUGUUUCUAGGUUCAUGGUACAGAGGAAGGGUCAAACUACCACCAGGGUCAUAAAACUAACCCUGGAAAAGCCCACAACUCCUACGAAAGCCUUGUCAGAUGUGUGUUUCUAGGUU